ACGGCUUUCAGCAUCUUCGUUCAUUAAUAUAUCAAAUACCCCCUUUCUUUAUACAUCCAAUUAAUCAAGAUAUCAUAUCACAAGUAAAUUAGCAUAAGCGUUGCCGUACUCGAGAGCAAAUCGGACGCAACAAUGUCUCAUCGACCCGACCUGAUUCACCCCCUAAAUACUCCUCCUCUUCCUUUUCCCCCACCGCCUUUCCCAAAUGUCCCUGAUAGUCAAUCCGUCGAAGAACAAUGGAAUCAGUAUAUUCGCAACCGUCAAACUAAGACCACAGAGGACGGGACUUCAGAUACGGUCGAACAGCAAAAUCGGCACCGUGGACAAUGCCUAGGCUGGUCGACUGCUAUACAACACCCGACGCCGAUUCGGUUCCAGACUCACAAACUGCUAGAUGCACAAGAUCACCUUGCCGUGAUGGGAUUUCUUACCGAUGAUACACGAGGACACAAACCAAGUGUAUAUCAUGGACCAGAGGCUUCCUCGCACCAAUACAGCGAACGAGACUGCUUUGAGUCUGUCCGUUUAUCGUCAUCCUCGCUUGGAAGAUCAGAUUCGUCACGGUCUGUAGAGACGCCGAUACCCUCCUAUAGAGCGGCACGUAUCUCGUUCCACGGUUUGCUGACGACGAUCUCUCGGAAAUUUCAUGCACUGACUACCGCCACCACCACCGACGCUACAACUCAGAUUCCCCCGUCUAAUAAUAGUUCUGAUACUUAUAUCGGUUCUAAUGAUCAUGCCAGUGGCUCUGCCAGUGGUAUUUAGGGCAAUAUCAACGGCCAUACUAGCAACAUCUCUUCCGGGAGUGAUAACAAGACUGCUAGCCAAGGUGGCCCCGCUGUCAAAGAAGGCGCGAGCAAAAGCAUUGGUGUUUCUACUCAAGCACCUAAUGGGCACGUCCGAUUUUACGAGACU